AAGAGGUAGCUAACUAAAUAGUGUAUAAGAAGAUUUUAGAAGAGUGGGACGAAAAAUGCGAUGAGCGAAGAAGAAAGCAGAGAUUGGGAAUGCCAUUGCUCAUAUCCAAUUCCGCCAAAGCCUUUAGCUUCUCCAGGCUAAUGUCCUCUCAUCCUCCCGCACUCAAAACGCGUCUCAGAGGCGUCGUUUUCGACAUGGACGGCACCCUCACUGUCCCUGUCAUCGAUUUUCCGGCCAUGUACAGGGCGGUGCUCGGCGAUGCGGAGUACCUCAGGCUGAAGGCGGAAAACCCUUCCGGCAUCGACAUUUUGGGUCACAUCGAGACUUGGCCUCCUCAUGAAAAGCACAAGGCCUACGAUGCCAUCGCCGAGGUCGAGCGUCAGGGUCUCGAACGCCUCCAAAUCAUGCCUGGUGCUUCGGAGCUUUGUGCUAUUCUUGAUUCCAAGAAAAUAAGGAGGGGUUUGAUCACUAGGAACAUGAAGUCAGCAGUUGAUUUAUUCCAUGAACGAUUUGGGAUUACAUUUUUUCCAGCAUUAAGCAGGGAAUUUCUUCCUUAUAAACCUGAUCCAGCUCCACUACUGCAUAUUUGUUCUCUUUGGGAUGUUCAACCGAAUGAAGUAAUAAUGAUUGGGGACAGCCUUAAAGAUGAUGUGGCUUGCGGGAAGCGAGCAGGAGCCUUUACAUGCUUGCUUGAUCAAAAAGGAAUAUAUGAUUCUCCCGAGUAUGCUGAUGUUGAAUUCAAACCAGAUUUCAAGGUGUCUUCCCUUGCUGAUGUUUACUCAAUUCUAGAUGUAAAUUUUGAUCUGUCAUCCUGAUGAUAAGGAUCGUUCACGCGAGCCAAUUAUUGUGGUUUAUGCCAAGAAGAGAUAUAUGGAGGUGACAUAUUUAUUAGGGUAGUUUCAUUUCUUACCUUUGGUAAGGUCAUGAAACAAAAAUAUCAUUGAAAAAUUUAGGUUGGAGGGUUUAAUUAAUAGGUGUCACUUUAAUAUUAAUAUUGUAACUUAGCUUGGAUCAUUUUCAUUGUCUUGCAUCGGCAUGAAUGCCAUCCAAAAUCACUGUUCUGAAAGUUAAUGUCAGCAACAUGAUACAUUGGAUUGUGCUGUACAUGUUACCUCUCUUUGGACUUGCAAGUACUGUAGAUGUUACUUCACUUUCUUUGACUCA